CAAAUAUUAUCGGUGGCUUAAUUGGGUGGCCUAGUCAGUGAGAAACCCCGUCUUCUUCCAGCACCUAAGCACCCAGGUCCACCCCUGUGUUUUCACAGCUGACGCGGUCAGCGGUUGACAUUCCUCCACCACAUUUGCCAUUCCUAUUUAGCCCAAGUUCCCCAAAAAAAUGGAGCUGGCCUAGAGAGACACCCAGUGCCAGUGUGUGUGUGUGUGCGAAGUCCGAAGUCCAACGGGAUUAGGCCAAACUCACAGAGACUCAGUUAGAGAUACAAACACUGAUUGCGCACGACAAUUGCAGGGGAUCUGCGUCAUCAGCAAGGGGUUAAGCGGAACGAUUGCAGCAUGGACUUCAAGGAAUACCGUCAGAGGGGCAAGGAAAUGGUGGACUAUAUUGCCGACUAUCUGGAGAAUAUACGCGAGCGUCGUGUCUUUCCGGAUGUAAGUCCUGGCUAUAUGCGUCAACUGCUGCCCGAGUCAGCUCCCAUUGAGGGCGAACCCUGGCCCAAGAUCUUCUCCGACGUGGAAAGAAUCGUGAUGCCUGGAAUCACCCACUGGCAGUCGCCGCACAUGCACGCCUACUUCCCGGCCCUCAACUCGAUGCCCUCGCUCCUGGGCGACAUGCUGGCUGAUGCCAUCAACUGUUUGGGCUUCACCUGGGCCAGUUCGCCCGCCUGCACCGAGCUGGAGAUCAUUGUGAUGAACUGGCUGGGCAAGAUGAUUGGUCUGCCGGAUGCCUUCCUUCACCUGAGCCCCAAUAGCCAGGGCGGCGGUGUGCUCCAGACGACAGCCAGUGAGGCCACACUGGUCUGCCUGCUGGCAGGACGUACGCGGGCUAUCCAGCGAUUCCAUGAGCGGCAUCCGGGCUAUCAGGAUGCGGAAAUCAAUGCCAGGCUGGUGGCCUACUGUUCGGAUCAGGCGCACUCCAGUGUGGAGAAGGCGGCGUUGAUUGGACUCGUCAGAAUGCGUUAUAUCGAGGCGGACGAGGACCUGGCCAUGCGCGGCAAACUGUUGCGCGAGGCCAUCGAGGAUGACAUUAAGCAGGGCCUGGUCCCCUUCUGGGUUUGCGCCACGCUCGGCACCACCGGCAGCUGCAGCUUUGACAACCUGGAAGAGAUCGGCUUGGUUUGCUCGGAACACCACCUGUGGCUCCAUGUGGACGCCGCUUACGCUGGCAGUGCUUUCAUCUGUCCGGAAUUCCGCACCUGGCUGCGCGGCAUUGAGCGGGCGGACUCGAUCGCCUUCAACCCGUCCAAGUGGCUGAUGGUGCACUUUGAUGCCACGGCCCUGUGGGUGCGGGACAGCACUGCGGUGCACAGGACCUUCAAUGUGGAGCCGCUGUAUUUGCAGCACGAAAACUCUGGGGUGGCCGUGGACUUUAUGCACUGGCAGAUCCCGCUGAGCCGCCGUUUCCGGGCGCUGAAGGUGUGGUUCGUGCUGCGCUCUUACGGGAUCAAGGGUCUGCAAAGGCACAUCCGCGAGGGCGUGCGUCUGGCCCAGAAGUUUGAGGCUUUGGUCCUGGCCGACCAUCGUUUCGAGCUGCCCGCCAAGCGGCACCUGGGACUGGUGGUAUUUCGCAUACGCGGGGAUAACGAAAUCACCGAGAAGCUACUGAAGCGUCUGAACCAUCGCGGCAACCUGCACUGCAUCCCCUCGUCGCUGAAGGGCCAGUAUGUGAUCCGCUUUACGAUCACCUCGACGCACACGACACUGGAUGACAUCGUCAAGGACUGGAUGGAGAUACGGCAGGUGGCCUCCAUGGUGCUGGAGGAGAUGAACAUUACUAUUUCCAAUCGCGUCUAUCUCAAGGAAACCAAGGAGAAAAGUGAGGCCUUCGGCUCGAGCCUGUUGCUCUCGAAUUCUCCACUUUCGCCCAAAGUGGUCAACGGUUCCUUUGCGGCCAUCUUUGAUGCAGACGAGUUUCUGGCCAAGACUUAUGCUGGAGUUCGGAUAGCGCACCAGGAAUCGCCUUCGAUGCGACGACGUGUGCGCGGCAUUCUUAUGUCCGGCAAACAGUUCUCUCUGGACUCGCACAUGGACGUGGUGGUGCAGACCACCCUGGACGCGGGCACGGGAACCACCAACUCGUACGGACGCACUGCCGUGCGGGAGUCCGCCUCCCAGGCAACUGCCGGAGGUCAGGCUAGUAUUCGCGAGGACAACGAGGAGUCGCCGGAAGAAACUGAAUUGCUGUCACUCUGCCGUACCCUUAGUGUCCUAGCCCCCGCUUCCGCUCCCUUCCAUGCCCACUCCCUGUCCACGGCCAGUCGCAGCUGCAGUUCCGCCUCUCACUCCCACUCGCUGUCGCAGUCCUUUUCCCCAUCCAAGUCACCUCCCUUUAACCAGUUCCGACCCAUUGCCCUGUGCGGGAUCUCUGGCCAAUCCACCCUCCCCCUGACCCUGCCCCUGGCCAGUCGCGAUGUCACCGUAUCCGUGGAUAGCCUCCUGACACCAGUCACCACCUGCAACAUGUACCAUGGCAAGCGAUUCCUGGAGCCUUUUGAGACCUUGGCAGCCAGCAGUGCCUCCUUCAGCAGCAGCAUCUUUCGUUUGCCCACGCCUCUGGCCACACCUACUUUGGAGCAGCCGGAAGAGGAUCCGGACUGGCCAGCCAAGACCUUCAGUCAGCUGCUAAUGGAACGCUACUCCUCGCAGUCUCAAUCCCACAACUCCUUGUCCUCCUCCUCGACGGACAGCAGCCUUCUAAGCAGGGACGGAGCCACGCCCACGCCCACGCCUACGCCAAUGGGCAGCCUGGAUGAGCUGGCCACGCCGUUGCUGGAGUCCUUUGCCUCGCCCAACUCGCAGCCCAUGCUCUCCGCCCAUGGAGUGGGGCAGGAGCAGGGAGAGAGGGAGAGUGACUCGGAUGCGACCAUUUGUUCGGCAGCCUCCUCAAUGGAGUCGCUUUAGUCCUAGUCAUUAAGUUAAAACUAUUCUUCAGAUAAAUAUUUUAGAGAAGGGAUUUGUAGAGAACAAAAGUAAUGGGGAUUUUAAAUUUGAAGAAUUUUUGUUUAUUGGAAAAAGAGUAUUAAUUUUAUCUUUCUAUAAUCUAUAAAGGGAUUGUAAAAUGUGUUUAUAAUAUUAUUUAAGAUUUUUAAACUUUGCAACUUAUUUUAUUUUUAUUUUGAAAACUCCCUAUCAUUAAAUAAUUUAUUAAAGAUAAUUAUAUCAAGUUUAUAAUGGAUUACGAUUUAUUUUCCUAGUUAAACCCUCUUUAUAUUUUGUUUUUCUUACUAAAACAAUAUUUUUAAAAUUAUAUAACCAAUUAUAAUAUUAUAAAUAGGGCUAAAUUGUCAUAGUUUAACUUAGAUCCUUGCGAUUUAUCAGCUUAUUUGUACAUAUAUGUAUGUGUGGGAGUGAUUCUGGGGGAGGCGGAAGUCUAAGUCAUCCAUCGCUGCUGUGCAAUCAAUCAAUAAUGCAAAUCAAUCGUAGUACCAAUCAAUGUUGAAUAUAUAAUAUAUAUGCAUGCCCAUGUCUAUAUCCUAUUGUAAGAUAACUACUGAGCAGAGUUAAACUAUUACCAAUCAAGAUCCACAACUAUCAGGUUUACAAAUAUCCAUGUUUAGUCAAAAAUCCGAUUAAAGUUUCAAGGUUCCAGUUAAACUCA